CUUCUGAUGGUGUGAUUAAUUGUGAUAUAAAAUAGUCCGCUGAAGAAGUGUGUGUGGUGGGAGGGGGCCAGGGGAGAGUAUGGAGGCAAGGCCAGAUUUGAUCUUUUAAUCUUCGUUGGCCACAAUUAAAACAAACCCGAUCGUGGAGCAGCGCGAUCCCUUUGCAUAAAAACAUAUGGCUUUUGCUAUAAAAAUUAUGACUGCAAAACACCGGACCAUUAAUAGCGUGCGGAGUGAUUUACGCGUUAUUGUUCUGCCGGGCGGACACGUGACGCGUGCGGCCAAUGGGGGCGCGGGCGCCGGCAACUUAUUAGGUGACUGUACUUCCCCCCCUGGUGCCACCAAGUUGUUACAUGAAAUCUGCAGUUUCAUAAUUUCCGCGGGCCGGGCCGGCCAGGCACGGGGCACGGCAAUGGCCACCACCGGGGCCCUGGGCAACUACUACGUGGACUCUUUCCUGCUGGGCGCCGACGCCGGCGAUGAGCUGAGCGCGGGCCGCUACGCACCGGGGACCCUGGGCCAGCCCCCCCGGCAGGCGGCGGCACUGGCCGAGCACCCCGACUUCAGCCCGUGCAGCUUCCAGUCCAAGGCGGCGGUGUUUGGCGCCUCGUGGAACCCGGUGCACGCGGCGGGCGCCAACGCCGUGCCCACUGCGGUGUACCACCACCAUCACCACCACCCCUACGUGCACCCCCAGGCGCCCGUGGCGGCGGCGGCCCCGGACGGCAGGUACAUGCGCUCCUGGCUGGAGCCCACGCCCGGCGCGCUCUCCUUCGCGGGCUUGCCCUCCAGCCGGCCUUACGGCAUUAAACCUGAACCGCUGUCGGCCAGAAGGGGUGACUGUCCCACGCUUGACACUCACACUUUGUCCCUGACUGACUAUGCUUGUGGUUCUCCUCCAGUUGAUAGAGAAAAACAACCCAGCGAAGGCGCCUUCUCGGAAAACAAUGCUGAGAGUGAGAGCAGCGGAGACAAGCCCCCCAUCGACCCCAAUAACCCGGCGGCCAACUGGCUUCACGCGCGCUCCACGCGGAAGAAGCGCUGCCCCUAUACGAAACACCAGACGCUGGAACUGGAGAAAGAGUUUCUGUUCAACAUGUACCUCACCAGGGACCGCAGGUAUGAGGUGGCCCGACUGCUCAACCUCACCGAGAGGCAGGUCAAAAUCUGGUUCCAGAACCGCAGGAUGAAAAUGAAGAAAAUCAACAAGGACCGAGCAAAAGACGAGUGACGCCAUCUGGGUUCAUUUAGAAACGAGAGCCAGCUAGAGAGAAAGAGAAAGGGCCGCCUGUCCCCUUCUCCCUUCUUUCACCCCAGCCUCAGCCUCCACCACCCCGCACAAAGCGGCUCUAAUCACCAGGCCUCAUCUCCCCCCUGGCAGACCCUGCUCAGGCUGGCUCCUAGGCCUGCCGCUUUGAUGGAGGAGGUAUUGUAAGUUUUCCAUUUUCUGUAAGACAAAAAGAAAAGAAAAGAAAAAGUAGGGGGCAUUAGCUCUAACGGCUGUGUGUGCUAGCUUGUACAUAUAUAUUUUUAAAAAUCUACCUGUUCCUGAUUUAAAACAAAAGGGGGGGGGACUACCUUUUUAUAAUGCACAAUUGUUGGCAGGCUGUAUAGAUUUUAGUCUGUGUAGUUAAUUUAAUUUGCUCUUUGUGGGGCAGAUCGCUCUGCUGAGAUACUUGAACACUGUGUUUUAUUGUGGUAAUUAUGUUUUGUGACUCAAAUUUCUGUGUACUGGGUAAUGCACCCGUUGUGAUUGUGAAAGCUAGAAUUCAAUUUGAACUCAGGUUGUUUAUGGGGAGGGGGGAGAGUUGCAUAGAGUAUAGCUCUGUAGUGGAAUAUGUCUUCUGUAUAACUAGGCUGUUAUCCUAUGAUUGUAAACUAGCUGUAAGAAUUUCCUAGUGAAAUAAAAUUUUUAAAAAGAAAAGAAAAAGGUUCUCCAGGAAGCAUAGAUUCAUGGUUUUCUCCACUUUUGAAAUAUGGGCAUUUUAAUCUCUACAUGCUCUAUAGUUCUGUCUUGUUCAUUGUAUAUGUAAUCUAUAUAUUAGAGAAAAAGUACAUAAUCAAACAAGCUUGAAUAUUGUUUUUGCACCAAACAGUGAGGAAAUUCGGAGCUAUACAUAUGUGCAGAAGGUUACUACCUAUGGUUUACGCUUAAUUUAAACCGGGGGAAAAAUGAAUGCUUAUUGUAACGGAGUUAAUUUUAUUGAUAAUAAAUUAUACACUAUGAAACCGCCAUUGGGCUACUGUAGAUUUGUAUCCUUGAUAAAUCGGGGGUUUUCAUCGGGCUAAACAUACACUGUAUAUUUUGCAAUAGUUACCUCAAGGCCUACUGACCAAAUUGUUGUGUUGAGAUGAUAUUUAACUUUUUGCCAAAUAAAAUAUAUUGAUUCUUUUUUA